AUGGAUGAGGAACCAACAGAUCCAUUGAUACUAGGAAGGCCAUUCCUAGCUACAGCAAGAGCAAUGAUAGAUGUCUGUGAAGGAACAAUUGAGCUAAACUUGGGAAAGGACCUAAGGAUGAAGUUUGACAUCAAGGAUACAAUGAGGAAACCAACAAUAGAAGGUCAGCUCUUUUAUGUUGAGGAAAUGGAUCAGUUGGCAGAUGAGCUUUUAGAAGAGUUAUCAACGGAGGAUCCCCUACAAGUUGCUUUGACCAAGGAUUCUUCAGAAGGAUAUGUGAGCUCAGAAACCGAUGAGUACAAGAAGCUCCUUGACACCUUCAGACCAGUUCCAAACAUUCUGAGCAUUGAGGGGUUGGACAGGCCAGUUUGCGAGGUCAUGGCAGUGAGCUCGAUCAAGAACUCGAUCGAGUCGGGUUUCGAACAAACGAACUCGAUCGAGCUGGGGACUGAAUGCAAGGAACAAGCUCAAGGAGAUUGGUCUGAGCUCAAGGCACCUAAAGUCGACCUCAAACCUUUGCCUGAGGGCCUCAGGUAUGCAUUUCUGGGUGAAAACUCAACUUACCCUGUCAUUGUGAACUCUGAUUUGGAACCUGAACAGUUGAGUGCUUUGCUUGUUGAAUUGAGGAAGUACAGAAAAGCAAUAGGUUACACUCUAGAUGAUAUCAAGGGGAUCUCCCCUGACCUAUGCAUCCAUAGGAUUCAUCUAGAGGAUGAAAGUAAGUCAAGCAUUGAACCUCAGAGGAGAUUGAACCCCAAUCUAAAGGAAGUAGUGAAGAAAGAGAUACUCAAGUUGCUUGAUGCUGGGAUAAUCUAUCCCAUCAGUGAUAGCACUUGGAUAUCUCCAGUUCAUUGCGUCCCAAAGAAAGGGGGGAUCACUGUCAUUAAAAAUGACAAAGAGGAGCUGAUUCCCACUAGAACAAUAGUGGGGCAUCGCAUGUGUAUUGACUAUAGGAAGUUAAAUUCAGCAUCUAGAAAGGAUCAUUUCCCUCUCCCUUUCAUUGAUCAGAUGUUAGAAAGAUUAGCAAACCAUCCUUUUUAUUGUUUUCUUGAUGGUUACAGUGGUUUCUUCCAAAUCCCGAUCCACCCUAAUGAUCAGGAGAAGACCACUUUCACAUGCCCUUAUGGUACCUUUGCUUAUCGAAGGAUGCCAUUUGGGCUGUGCAAUGCCCCAGCUACUUUCCAGAGAUGCAUGACCUCCAUUUUUUCAGAUCUGAUAGAGGAGAUGGUAGAAGUCUUCAUGGACGAUUUCUCAGUCUAUGGAGCAUCCUUCUCCUCAUGUUUGUCUAACUUGUGCAGGGUGUUGCAGAGGUGUGAGGAGACAAAUCUAGUACUCAACUGGGAGAAGUGCCACUUCAUGGUUCGAGAAGGGAUUGUGCUUGGACACAAGAUUUCCGAGAAAGGGAUCGAGCUCGAUCGAGCUAAGGUGGAUGUCAUGUUGCAGCUUCCUGUUCCCAAGACUGUGAAGGACAUCAGGAGUUUUCUGGGUCAUGCAGGGUUCUACAGAAGAUUCAUCAAGGAUUUCUCAAAGAUAGCAAGACCCUUGACAAGACUUCUGUGCAAAGAGACAGAUUUUGAGUUUGAUGAAGAAUGCCACAAGUCUUGGACCUUGCUGAAGGAUGCUCUGGUAUCUGCCCCAAUAGUUCAAGCUCCAAACUGGGAUCACCCAUUUGAGAUUAUGUGUGAUGCAUCUGACUAUGCAGUAGGAGCAGUGCUUGGCCAAAAGAUAGACAAGAAACUCAAUGUCAUCUACUAUGCAAGCAAGACUAUGGAUGAUGCUCAGUGCAAGUAUGCAACCACAGAGAAGGAACUCCUUGCCAUAGUCUUUGCCUUUGAGAAAUUUCGAAGCUAUAUAGUUGGGUCCAAGGUGAUUGUGCACACUGACCAUGCUGCCCUUAGGCACAUCUUCGCUAAGAAAGAUACAAAGCCAAGACUUCUCAGAUGGAUCCUUUUGCUUCAAGAGUUUGACAUAGAAGUUGUGGACAAAAAGGGAGUAGAAAAUGGAGUUGCUGAUCAUCUCUCUAGGAUGCGAGUUGAAGACAUGAUCCCCAUCAAUGAUUCUAUGCCUGAAGAACAGCUUAUGGCAAUCAUGAUCUUGAAGGAGAGUUUUGAUGAGAAAGUCAGGCUGGAAGAAGUUAAGGCUCUGCGUGAUGAGAAUUUGCCAUGGUAUGCUGAUAUAGUGAACUUCAUGGUGUCCGGAGAAGUCCCUAGUAGUUUUGAUGCUUACAAGAGGAAGAAAUUCUUCAAGGAUGCUAGGCAUUACUAUUGGGAUGAGCCUUACUUGUACAAGAGAGGACCAGACAGCAUUUACAGGAGAUGCAUAGCUGAAGAGGAUGUACAAGGAGUUCUAGAGCAUUGCCAUGGGUCAGCUUAUGGAGGUCACUUUGCUACAUUCAAAACAGCAACCAAGGUUCUGCAAUCUGGGUUGUGGUGGCCUACCUUGUUUAAAGAUGCAGCAAGCUUCAUCGCAAAGUGUGAUCCAUGCCAAAGGAAAGGAAGUAUCACCAAGAGAGAUGAAAUGCCACUGAACCCGAUUCUGGAAGUUGAGAUCUUUGAUGUAGUCAAGCACAAGGUCGCUACACCUUACCAUCCUCAAACCAGUGGGCAAGUUGAGGUCUCCAAUAGGCAGAUAAAGGCCAUUCUUGAGAAGACAGUAAGCUUUACUAGGAAGGAUUGGUCGACAAGACUUGAUGAAGCUCUUUGGGCCUAUAGAACAGCUUACAAGACCCCCAUUGGAAGGUCCCCUUUCAACUUUCUGUAUGGAAAGGAUUGUCACUUACCUGUACAGGUAGAGUACAAGGCACUAUGGGCAGUGAAGAUGCUGAACUUUGAUAUAAAGGCUGCACAAGAGAGAAGAGUAAUGAACUUGUUUGAGUUGGAAGAAAUCAGAAUGAAUGCCUAUGAGAACUCCCUGAUCUAUAAGUUAAGAACAAAGGCAGCCCAUGACAAACUGAUCCGCCUUAAGGACUUCAAGGCUGGGGACAGUGUGCUCUUGUAUAACUCCAAGCUAAGGUUGUUUCCCGGGAAGCUAAGGUCAAAGUGGGCGGGACCAUUCAAGAUCCACGAAGUUUUCCCUAUGGAUCCCUCACUCUACUCAAUCAAGAGGGGAAGGAGUUCACAGUGA